AAGAUCGGAGGGAGAAAAAGCAAGGCUGGAGGAUUACAAACAACUGAAUGGAGGACUAAACCAAGGCCUGGAGGAGUGAAGCACGGUGGAAGAAGGGGCCAAAGGAGGACUUAAAAAGAAGGGGGAAAAGGGUUAAAUGAGUUAAAACAGGACUGUGGAAGAAGCAAAUCAAAGCUUGGAGAAAUAAACAUGAGAGAGAAGAGGAGGUAAAGAGUAAAAGGAGGACCGUACAAAAACAAGGCUAAAGGAGUAAAAAAACAAGGCUAAAGGAGGGUUUAAGGAGUAAGAGGAGAAAAGAAGGAGUGAACAUAGGAGGGGAGGAGGUGAAGAAGGUUUUAAGAGAUGGAUAAAAGUGUGAUUCGGUUCAGUCACUGUCAGAAGGAGAUCUUCUGUUUCUCGGUCCCGGAGGAGUGUCCGAGCUGUGGGGAGGAACUGAAGGGGAGCAGACUGCAGGAGGCGCCGGUCAGCCUUCCUUCCCCCUUCACCAACGGACACAAGAGCUCCUGCUGCCUGCUGGUCGCACCUGCACACGACAACAUCAACAGAGAGUUUGACGGGACAUCAGAACUUCACACCGGUAUCUCUAACACUACAGGGGUUGUGUAUAACUACACUCUUGGUGGAGUUCGUAAAGAGCAAUGCGGAUGGGAGCGGUGCAUUAGUGUUCCUCUGGUCCGCCCCGACAUGUUUCACCUGCUAGCUCAGUGGGAUCAGUACCUGGACCGCUUCUCUGAUGGACCCAUGUGGGACCCUGCCUGGCACAGGUUCCAUGAGGAGGACCAUAACUGCUUCAGUUUCUGUCUACAGUUUGUUAACAGCGUACUGGCAGCUGAGGGGCGGAGCUCCCUGACCAGAGAGACUUUCACUCAGAGCUUCAUCCUGCCAAGGAUGAGGAGGGUCUCCAAAUACAACACACUGUACAAUCACAUCCAGAGACACCAAUACUACUUGGUGGACAGACAAGAGGAUGGACAGCGAGACUCACCAGUCACCACUUAAACCUUGUUCAGUGAGACAGCCCUUGGUCUGUUUGGAUCAGUAAGGAGAUUUAAAUGAGUCUGAUCUCAGGUACCACAGAAUCUGGUAACUUUGUUGUUUUAUUGUCCUCUGUAUGGCCCACCUUUGCUGACCACUGUUCCUAUGAUAACAGUCUGUGUUAGUUAAUUAACCUUUCAAAACUCACGCUCCUUUUUUACUAGGGGCUCCACUCAAAGCUUGGCGCUCACACUACUGGUGUGUAAAAGGUUCAAUAUGGAAAUGGGAAAGAUCCAGAUUUAAAAACAUUUUUUUCUCUGUCCUGGAUCAGGAAAUCAAGUUACUGUGAAACUGAGACCCAGCAGAGACAGAUAGUGAAAUUAAGACCCAGCAGACGCAGUUACAGUGAAACUGAUACCCAGUAGAGACAGGUACAGUGAAACUGUGACCCAGCUGAGACAGAGUGAAACUGAGAUUCAGUUGAGACAAAUGCUAGUCUCAGUUUAACUGAGACCCAGAUAGAGAUAUAGUAAAACUGACACUCAGUUAAGACAGAUAAAGGGGAACUGAGACCCAGCAGAGACAGAUACAGUGAAAUUGAGAUCCAGCGGAGACAGAUGCAGUGAAACUGAGACCCAACUGAUACAGAGUGAAACUGAGAUUCACUUGAGACAGAUGGAAGUACAGUUAAACUGAGACUAGGCAAAGACAGAUUGAGACUAAGCAGAGAUAUAUACAGUGAAACUGAGACUCAGUUAAUACAGAUGGAGAUACUAAAAAAAACUCAGCUAAGACAGAUACAGGGAAACUCAGACCCAGCAGAGAUGGAUACAGUGAAACUGAGACCCAGCAGAGAGUCUCAGGAGGAUAAAACUCAACAAACAACACAAAAAGGAUUAUUUAACUCAAAAGACUUUUAAAUAUUCUCAAAUAUAGAUAAAUGCCCUGUAUGAACCUCCAAGUUACAUACUCUGUCCACAGGGGAUAUCAAUAUCUACACACACUGAAAGAUUCUCACUGUUUUUUCAAUAAAUUUUGCUGGUUUCA